GUUUCUCUAAAGAAAGGCUCAAGUGUGCAUCCUUGCUCUUACUUCUGCAGUUUUGACCAAGAGAAGAGAUGGUGUGUUCUGGAGUGCUGGGAUUCAUCCUGCUCUUUCUGCUCCAUCCAGCUUUAGGGAUUGGCAAUCUCCAAAACAUCAUCAAUAAGCUCCAUCAGAGGUAUGGAGUUAAUCAUCAAUAUGCUUUGGGCAUUAAUGUCCCAGAUACAUAUUGUAACGUAGUUGCUGAUCCCGACCAGAACUUCCUCUCACAGGAUAAUGAUGCACAGAAUGUGAAAAAUGCCAUGAAUGGUGAUGAUAAAAUUUACAAGGGUGACGAGCUGAUUGGUGCCAGACCAAAACCAAUCGGUAAUACAAAGAACAACUUCCACUCAGAGUAUCUAUUGCUGAUUCGUUCCAUGUCCAAUGAAUUAAGCCAGUUCGACCCGCUCAUGCAAACCCUCCUGAAUUCAAAGCCUAAUGGCUGUGCAGUUUUCUUCACCUGGAACUCCCCCUGUGUUCGGACCUGCUCAACACCUAACGGGCCCUACAGCAUCAUUCCAGCUCUCAACAUGUUCAAGAACCACAAUGGUCCAAAAGCUUUUGUUUUUCGUGAAAUUUGGCAUCAUGAUGUUGGUACCACUAAUUGGAAAAACAAUAUACUUGAGAUAAACCAACGCAUUCCACUUUACCGCUGCACAGCCAAUGGAUGUGUCCGCUGUGUAAACAACAAUGUAAUUAACGACACUUGCUAUAAGAAGACUGUCUAAGAUAUGCUUGUUGUAAUGUGAUUUGAAUGGCAACGUCUUCUUUUUAAAUGGUUUAAUUGAAAAGUUUUAAUUGAUAUACGAAUGUUAGCAACAAAUGUUAGUCUGUUGAUCUGCUAAAAAAUUUCUCUUGCUUGGCUUGAUUCCCAUUUUUGCAUUUAUCAAUAAAGAUGGAAGCAUUUAAUCAGCAGCAACUCUCUUUCAAACACACAUUGAUUAAUACUGUAUUGUUUUGUGUAUGAUUUAACAAUCCAUGAUCCAUUUGUGUCCCACUGAUAUUACAUUUACAAAUAUGUGCAACGUUAACCCUUUCUCACAGUACACUGCUAUUCCAUUCCGCUGGUGGAGCAGAAAUCAACUUACCCGACAUCUUCAAUCAGUAUAAACAAAUAAAUUAUUUCAUGACCACGAAUGCAUUAUAAGAUUAUUCAGGGCACUGUUGGUUUUCUUUACGCAGAUUAUCAUGACUCUGUGUUUAGCUUCUGGUGAGCAGGGUGAUGUGAAGUGGGGGGAGGUGUGAGGCGAAGCAAACAAUUCACACAUCUCCAAAAUAACAUUGAUACAGAGAUACAAUGGACAGAACAACUAGAACUUUUUUGACAGUAAAACAAAGUAUACAACUGCCACAAUAAACAAUUUGUAAGCUC